AUGUUGACAUAUAUAGAUAUCCUCACUCUUGCCGAUCGUUUGGAUGGACUCCCUUUGGCAACUGUAAUCGCCGGGGCAUUUAUGCGUGAAACUGGAACCAGCAUCACUGAGUACUUGGAGUAUUACCACGAAUCUUGGACCGAGCUACAGUUGCAAUCGAGUCCUGGUCGUCAGUACCAGCAAGGCAACAUGCUACCAAUAUGGAUGAUCUCAUAUCUCGAGAUGCAGAAGCGGGGCCCGAGCGCAGCAAACCUUCUACUGCUUCUUGCUCGUUUUGAUAUCGAGAUAUCUGGUACUCGUUAG